AUGAGUAGGGAUGAGCUUGAUGUUCGGGUCGCACAUAACGGACCAUUGUAUUCCUCUUAUCCUGAGGAACCUCAGACUGUGAGGGAUGGUGCCGUCCUUCCAACAGAUAAGAGGUUUCCCUGUACUGAGUGUGGGGAGUGCUUCCAGUUCAAAUUCAAUCUCGAUGAGCAUAAAAAAUCUCACACAGGUGAGAAGCUACAUACAUGUCCAGAGUGUGGGAAAGGUUUUUCAAAGAAGUCCAACCUUUCCAGACAUCAGAAAUUGCACACGGGGGAGAAGCCUUUUUCCUGUCCUGAGUGUGGGAAGUGUUUUUUAGAAAAAAAUGAACUUGUCACACAUCAGAGGUCUCACACGGAGGAAAAGCCGUAUUCCUGUUCCGAGUGUGGGAAAUGUUAUGUAAAAAAAUCAGUGCUUGUCCAGCAUCAAAGGUCUCACACGGGAGAAAAGCCAUACUCCUGUCCUGAGUGUGGGAAAUGUUUUUUACUGAAAUCCCGUCUCUACAAACAUCAGAGAUCUCACACAGAUGAGAAGCCGUAUUCCUGUUCCGAGUGCGGGAAAUGUUUUUCACAGAAGGCCCAUCUUUACAAACAUCAGAGCUUGCACACGGGGGAGAAGCCUUUUUCCUGUCCUGAGUGCGGGAAAUGUUUUUUACAAAACUCAGAACUUGUCGCACAUCAAAGAUUGCACACGGGGGAAAAUCUGUAUUCCUGUUCCGUGUGUGGGAAAUCUUUUGUACAAAAAUCAUGGCUUGUCCAACAUCAAAUUUCUCACACAGGAGAAAAGCCAUAUUCUUGUCCUGAGUGCGGGAAAUGUUUUUCACUGAAGUCCCGUCUUAACAGACAUCAGAGAUCUCACACGGAUGAGAAGCCGUAUUCGUGUUCAGAGUGCGGGAAAUGUUUUUCACAGAAGUCCCAUCUCUACACACAUCAAAGAUCUCACACAGGGGAAAAGCCUUAUUCCUGUCCUGAUUGUGAGAAAUGUUUUUUACAAAAAUCAGAACUUGUCACACAUCAGAUGUAUCACACAGGGGAAAAGCCGUAUUCCUGUUCUGACUGCGGGAAAGGUUUUGUACAGAAAUCUGUGCUUAUCCAACAUCAGAGAUCUCACACGGGGGAAAAACCAUAUUCCUGUCCUGAGUGUGGGAAAUGUUUUUCAAAGACGUCAAAUCUUUACAGACAUCAGAGAUCUCACACGGGGGAGAAGCCACACAGUGUAGAUGGACCAUCGUAUUCCUCGUAUCCUGAGGAACCUCAGACUGUGAAAUGUUUUUCAGAAAAUUCCUCUCUUUACAUGCAUCAGAAAUGUCACACAGGAGCGAAACCAUAUUCCUGUCCUGAGUGUGGAAAAUGUUUUGUACAAAAAUCAGAACUUGUCACACAUCAGAGGUCUCACACAGAUGAGGCGCUGUAUUCCUGUUCAGAGUGCGGGAAAUGUUUUUCAUGGAAGAACAAUCUUUACAGACAUCAGAGAUUGCACACAGGGGAGAAGCCUUAUUUCUGUCCUGAGUGUGGGAAAUGUUUUGUACAAAAAUCAGAACUUGUCUCACAUCAGAGGUCUCACACAGGGGAAAAGCCGUAUUCCUGUUCCGAGUGUGAUAAAUGUUUUGUAAAAAAAUCUUCGCUUGUCCAACAUCAAAAGUCUCACACAGGAGAAAAGCCAUAUUCCUGUACUGAGUGCGGGAAAUGUUUUUCACUGAAGUCCCGUCUCUACAAACAUCAGAGAUCUCACACGGGUGAGAAGCCGUAUUCCUGUUCCGAGUGCAGAAAAUGUUUUUCACAGAAGUCCCAUCUUUCCAGACAUCAGAGAUUGCACACAGGGGAGAAGCCUUAUUUCUGUCCUGACUGCGGAAAAUGUUUUGUACAAAAAUCAGAACUUGUCACACAUCAGCGGUCUCACACAGGGGAGAAGCCAUAUUCCUGUCCUGAGUGUGGGAAAUGUUUUGUACAAAAAUCAGAACUCGUCACACAUCAGAGAUCUCACACAGGAGAAAAGCCGUACUCCUGUCCUGAGUGUGGGAAAUGUUUUGCACUGAAGUCCCGUCUUUGCAAACAUCAGAGAUCUCACACAGAUGAGAAGCUGUAUUCCUGUUCUGAUUGCGGGAAAUGUUUUUCACAGAAGUACAAUCUUUACAGACAUCAGAGCUUGCACAAGGGGGAGAAGCCGUAUUCCUGUCCUGAGUGUGGGAAAUGUUAUGUACAAAAAGCAGACCUUGUCAAACAUCAGAUGUAUCACACGGGAGAAAAGCCAUAUUCCUGCUCUGAGUGCAAGAAAUGUUUUUCACAGAAGUCCCAUCUUUACAGACAUCAGAAAUCGCACACAGGGGAGAAGCCACAUUCCUGUCCUGAGUGCCAUAAAUGUUUUGUACAAAAAUCACGGCUUGUCCGACAUCUAAGGUCUCACACGGAUGAGAAGCCGUACUCCUGUUCUGAGUGUGGGAAAUUCUUUUCACAGAAGUCCCAUCUUUACAGACAUCAGAAAUCGCACACAGGGGAGAAGCCUUAUUUCUGUCCUGAGUGCGGUAAAUGUUUUGUACAAAGAACACGGCUUGUCCAACAUCAAAGGUCUCACACGGGAGAAAAACCAUAUUCAUGUCUUGAGUGCGGGAAAUGUUUUUUAAAUACAUUCAAUCUUUAUAGACACCAGAAAUUGCACACGAAGGAGAAGCCACUUUCCUGUCCUGAGAAAGGGAAUUGUUAGUCACUGAAUUCCUGUACAUCAGGGAUCCCACACAACCCUCGAGGUGUAUUGGUUCCUUGAGUGUGGGAAAUGUCUUCUAUAGG